AAUGGUGACUCCUGGGGAUUUGGAGAUGGAGGAGGUGAGUUUGAGUAUGGAUGAAAGUGCCAGAGACACUCUGGAGGAAGAAAAGGAAAGAACGAAUGAGGGCAGUGCUCCCCCCAAGAAAAGAAAAGUCUUCAGGAUUGUCUCAAAAUGGAUGCUUCCUGAAAAGUCCAGACCAAUAUACCUGGAAAGAGCCAACUGUUUUCCACCCCCUCUGUUUAUCAUCUUCAUCAGCCUAAUCGAGCUGGCAGUGUUUAUUUACUAUGCUGUGUGGAAGCCCCAGAAUCAAUGGAUCACCUUGGGCACGGGCAUCUUGGAGAGUCCUUUAAUCUACAAUCCUUUCAAGAGAGAGGAAGCCUGGAGAUUUGUCUCGUACAUGCUGGUACAUGCUGGCGUUCAACACAUCUUGGGGAACCUUGUUAUGCAGCUCACUUUGGGCAUCCCUUUGGAAUUGGUGCACAAAGGCAUCCGGGUGGGGUUGGUGUACCUGGCAGGAGUGAUUGCAGGAUCUCUUGCCAGCUCCAUCUUUGAUCCACUCAAAUAUCUAGCAGGUGCUUCAGGAGGAGUCUAUGCUCUGAUGGGAGGCUAUUUUAUGAAUAUUAUAGUGAAUUUUCGAGAAAUGAUUCCUGUCUUUGGAAUUUUCAGACUACUGGUCAUCAUCCUUAUGAUUGGGUCAGACAUGGGAUUCGCUCUCUAUAGAAGGUUCUUUGUUUCUGCAAGUGGGUCACCGGUAUCUUUUGCAGCUCAUAUUGCAGGAGGAUUUGCCGGAAUGUCUAUAGGUUACACAGUAUUUAGCUGCUUUGAUCAUGCACUGUUGAAAGAUCCAAGGUUUUGGAUAGCAAUUGCAGCUUAUUUAGCUUUUACUUUAUUUGCUGUGUUUUUCAACAUUUUCCUGUCUCCAGCAAAAUGA